AGGACGACACGGAAGCAGCAUGUUAGAAGAAAAGGGAAAUUUUGACAAGCUUAUUUUUUAGCAUAUUUUUCUAAUUAAACAAUGAUUAUGAAUUCUAUAAACAACUAAAGCUGCAUACGACGUAAUUUAUUAAUUUUAUUUAAAGGCUAAUAAUAGUUUAUGCGUACAAGGGUUACAUUGGUGUUGACAUAGCUAACCGUGUAGCGUUUUGGCUCUCCAUUCAUUUUCUACUUUUAUAAGUUAAAUUAUGAAUAGAUCUGUACAUUUUGCUUAUAAAAGCAAUACGUUACUAUUUAAAAACAAGGCGUUAUGUCUAAAUUCAGUAGUUUCCAGGCAGAGACAGUUCAGUACUACAAAGAGCUGUUUGAACAUCAUGCCUGCCUGGGUCAUUGAUAAAUAUGGGGGCAAUGACGUUUUAAGGUUCACCAAAAAUGCUGCCUUUCCCAUAAUAAACUACCCCAAUGAGGUGAUAGUAAAAGUGUGUGCUGCAGGACUGAACCCUCUGGACGUCAAGAUGAGAGCUGGGUAUGGUGCGGCAACAAUGUCAAUGAAAAGAGAUCCACUUAAUAUCAAACAAUCAGGCAGUGAGUUUCCACUGAUUUUGGGAAGAGAUGUGUCUGGGGUCAUCAUGGAGUGUGGCUUGGAUGUCAAGUAUUUCAAAGAGCGUGAUGAGGUGUGGGCGGCCAUUCCUCCGUGGAAGCAAGGCAGUUUGGCUGAAUUUGUGGUGUUGAGUGGCAAUGAGAUAUCCCUCAAACCCAAAUCACUGAGCCACAUAGAAGCAGCGUCUCUCCCAUAUGUAGCAAACACAGCUUGGUCAGCACUGGUCAACACUGGAGGACUCAGUAAAGACAACUGUGCAAAUAAGCGGAUUCUUAUUCUUGGUGGCUCUGGAGGUGUGGGGACAUUUGCCAUACAGAUGCUGAAGGCUUGGAAAGGUCAUGUGACUGUCACCUGCUCCCAGAAUGCCGAGCAGUUUGUCAGGGGCCUGGGGGCAGACCAUGUGGUAGACUACACCGCGGGACCAGUGGAGAAGCCCCUUAGAGCAUUGGAAAAAUUUGACCUAAUUCUUGAUAACAUUGGGGGUGACACUGAGCAAUGGGCACUAGAACUCCUGAAACCAUGGACAGGUGCAAAGUAUGUCACCCUUGUGACCCCCUUCCUCCAGAACACUGACCAACUUGGGAUCGCAGACGGCAUGAUGCAGACCGCUGCUACCAUGACAACUAAAGCCCUCAAGCAUCUUAUAAAAGGAGUUCAUUAUCGAUGGGGAUUGUUUGCUCCAAGUGGCCCAGCACUUGAUGAAAUACGAGAAAUGGUGGAUGAAGGACAGAUCCGACCUGUUGUUGAGGAGAUCUUCAGCUUUUCUGAGGUUCCCAAGGCUUUUGAGAAGAUAGAGAGAGGACACGCUCGAGGAAAAACAGUUGUCCAAAUCAGUAAACCAGGAGAUAUCUCAUAACACGUGAUAUGCUGUCUUUUUGCUGCUUUACAUACACUUGAACCUACAGUAUUACUGCAAUGAUCACAUUUUCUGUUGCUUUUCCUGUGUGUUUUUUGUACAAAAACAUAAUUUUCUUUGACUUAUUCUACAUAUUUCUAUCAAUUGAUGACAGUUGUCUUUGUAAAAUAAUGACAUUGGUACAUAUUUAAAAAAGAAAGCUAAUUUAAUUUUUAAUAAAGAAAUAUACACACAAA